UCUGGAUCCCUCAGCAGCUCCUCUCAGGCCCGGAUCCACUUCCCUCGGUUUGCCCUCCAACCUGUUACGCACGGGUGACGCGCAGUAGAGGGAAAGAAGGCUGAAGGGUGACGGUAGAGGGGUGGGGGGGGAAACCAAGCUCAACUUUGAAGGGGUGCUUUAUUUUUUAGGGGGUGGAAUUAAAAGCAACAAGCAGAGGCAGAGCCACUGGAAGUGUCGCCUGACUGACAGUCAGGAAUCAUGGCGGCGCUCGCUGGAGCUUUACCCAGAAUGAUGAGACCCACUCCUCACCAGAGCUACCCGCGGGGAGGAUACUCUCUGGAGGUUUCCACACCGCUGGGACAGGGUCGGGUCAACCAGCUCGGAGGGGUUUUCAUCAACGGCAGACCUCUCCCGAACCACAUCCGACACAAAAUCGUGGAGAUGGCCCAUCACGGCAUCCGGCCGUGCGUCAUCUCGCGCCAGCUGCGGGUGUCCCACGGCUGCGUGUCCAAAAUCCUCUGCAGGUACCAGGAGACGGGCUCCAUCAGGCCCGGGGCCAUCGGAGGCAGCAAGCCAAAGCAAACCGCCUCUCCAGAAGUGGACAAGAAAAUCGAGGAGUACAAGAGAGAAAACCCGGGCAUGUUCAGCUGGGAAAUCAGGGACAAACUGCUUAAAGACGGCAUCUGCGACAGAAACACCGUMCCUUCAGUGAGCGCCAUCAGCCGCGUGAUGCGCUCCAAGUUCGGCGGAGUCGGUGAGGAAGAGGAGGAAGAAGAAGAGGUGGAGAGGAGGACGAUGGACGAAAACGAACCUCGGACAAAACACAGCAUCGAUGGCAUCCUGGGAGACAGAUCCAGUCACUCGGAUGAGGGCUCCGACGUGGACUCCGAGCCGGGUCUGCCCUUAAAGAGGAAGCAGCGCCGUAGUCGGACCACCUUCACAGCCGAGCAGCUGGAGGAGCUGGAGAGGGCCUUCGAGCGGACGCACUACCCCGACAUCUACACACGAGAGGAGCUGGCUCAGAGGGCCAAACUGACUGAGGCUCGAGUUCAGGUGUGGUUCAGUAACAGAAGAGCUCGGUGGAGGAAGCAGGCUGGAGCCAAUCAGCUGAUGGCCUUUAACCACCUCAUACCUGGUGGUUUUCCCCCGUCAGCUAUGCCGGGCCUGCAGCCUUAUCAGCUGUCAGACAGCCCUUACCCUCCGACUUCUAUCGCCCAAGCCACCUCAGAGCAGCCUGGCACCGUCCAUCGACCGCAGCCGUUGCCACCAACCUCCGCGCACCAGGCUGGGAUCAGCUCGUCUGCAACUUCCCAGGACGGAGGCUCGGCGUACUGCCUCUCCUCGGGGCGACACAACUUCUCAGGAUACUCAGACAGCUUUGUGAGCCCAGCUGGACACACCGGCACCGUUAACCCCGGCAUCAGCAACAGCCUCUCGCCACAGGUGAUGGGCCUGUUGAACCCAAGCGGAGUCCCACAUCAGUCUCAGAGUGACUUUGCCCUCUCUCCGCUCACCGGAGGCAUUGAGCCUAAUGGAGCAAUGGCUGCUAGCUGCCACGGUUCUCAGCGACUGGAGGCUCUUCCAAGCCUGACCAGCAUGCCUGCCCUACCCAGCACUCAGUCUUACUGCCCACCUUCCUACACUUCCCCAGCCUACGCCGUCGACCAUCACCCCACCUACCAGUAUGGACAGUACAGUCAGAGCAAGGUGCCUUUCAUUAUAUGAAGCCCCCUAAUGUGGACUCUUGUUUGCUCACUCGUCUCUGGAAAGCACAACUAUCCGCUGCCUUCGCCAACUUCCCCAGCCCCGAGGACAGCGAGGCAGGCAGUGGGGGGAGGUGGAAGGAUAUCGUGUUUUAUUUUAGCAAGAAGGGGAGCCGGUUUGGAUGGAGGUGUAGUGAUGGCAACGAUGAAGCCCGAGUGGAAUAAUUAAGGACCAUAUAGGCACAGGCUUCUCUGAUACCUGACACUUGCUUUGCUUGUGAGUCAAGGACCAAGUGCUGUUUUUAUUGCCAGUGGUUUAGGAGGGGGGAAAAAUGGUGGGGUACACAUAUUCAUGGCAUUCUAUGGGAGUUUUAUAAGUGGCAGAAACAUAUGUAGAACUGGACUUGAUGAACUUGASGUACUUCUAUGACCUACCUUGAUGAGAAAAAUAUGUUUUCUUGUGGUGGAUGGUCAGACAGCGAUGGAAUGAGUGCUUGACAGCAACGCUCUUCUGAGAAUGUCUUCAUCACAGUGUCUUAGCAGAGGAAUAUUUACCUGCAUACUCAUGUAUAUGAAGUUGGAGCUCAAAAGUGUGGCUGCAUCAGGAAAACCAUUGAGAGCAUAAAACUGACGUCAAGUGGAGUCGGUGCAACCCAAAGAAAGUGCAAUACAUUCAUACCUCAUGUGCUGUAAAUGAACACGGAUCAAAUGUUUCUUAUUAUCUCUUCAAAAGCCUGCUCCAUCUUUUCAAUGUUGUUCAUUUUGGGUUGUGUGCUUUGAUCAAUCAGGGCAACUUACUGAGCAAUGAAUCAUAGCAAACAAAAAAGUUGUUAAAAAAAAGCUUCGCUAGUGAACAUAAUUUUCAGUCUCACAGUACAUUUUUGCUGUUGUUGCUUUGCAUGUUGACUUUUUAGCCAUCCACAGAAAAAUUAGUUCCUGUUUUUAUUUAUUUAGUGUCGUUCAAUUGUUUUGUCUGUACAUUUCCUAAAGUGCUCCUCUGUGCUUAAAAAGGUCUUACACAAUGUUUCAUUAUUCCCAUGUUUCUUUUGCAUAUUUUUUUUAUUUACAAUGGUGUGAAAUUAUCAAGGUUUGUGUAAAAAAUAGCACUAUUACUAUUUAUAAUAAAGAUUUUGAAAAAAAAAGCUAAUAUUUAAA